CCCCUGCAUUCUGGAACCCAGAGAGGCUGCUGCCGCUGCUGCUAUUGCUACUGCGGCCACCUCCCCUGCCCUGCCUCUGAUCACGCAGCCCCAUCCCCCUGCCCUCGCACCUGUCAUGAGCCCAGCCCUCUCAGGGAUCCUGGACCAGCUCUGAGCCCUGGGACCCUGGCCCCCUCCCCUGGGCCAUGGCCAACUCGGGCCUCCAGCUGCUGGGCUACUUCCUGGCCCUGGGGGGCUGGGUGGGCAUCAUCGCCAGCACGGCCCUGCCACAGUGGAAGCAGUCAUCGUACGCCGGCGAUGCCAUCAUCACGGCCGUGGGUCUCUACGAGGGGCUCUGGAUGUCCUGCGCCUCCCAGAGCACCGGGCAGGUGCAGUGCAAGCUCUACGACUCGCUGCUCGCCCUGGACGGCCACAUCCAGUCUGCACGGGCACUGAUGGUGGUGGCCGUGCUCCUGGGCUUCGUGGCCAUGGUGCUCAGUGUGGUCGGCAUGAAGUGCACUCGGGUCGGAGACAGCAACCCCAUCGCCAAGGGCCGUGUGGCGGUCUCCGGGGGCGCCCUCUUCCUCCUGGCUGGCCUCUGCACCCUGACUGCCGUCUCCUGGUAUGCCACCCUGGUGACCCAGGAGUUUUUCAACCCGAGCACACCUGUCAAUGCCAGGUACGAAUUUGGCCCAGCCCUCUUUGUGGGAUGGGCCUCUGCUGGCCUGGCCAUGCUCGGGGGCUCCUUUCUCUGCUGCACGUGUCCGGAGCCUGAGCGAUCCAACAGCAGCCCACAGCCCUACCGGCCAGGGCCCUCAGCUGCUGCCCGAGAACCAGUUGUUAAAUUGUCUGCCUCCGUCAAGGGCCCCCUGGGUGUGUAAGGUCCUGGCCCUGCCCCCCUGCCACACCUAGACUGUGUGGUCUCUUGUGGAAAGAGAAGCGAGCAUCCAGCGAGUA